UCACUCAAAUAACCAAAUAGUUUAAUGUUAACCAAGAAUAAUUUUUACAAAAUACGUGUCAGUGAUAAAUAUCAAAUAUGGUUACUCAGUACUUGCGAUCCCAUGUGAGUUAUUCGAGAAAACGAUCAUUCCUCACAAUUAUGUCUGGACUCAUCAUAGGCUUUUGUUUGGGUCAGAUAAUAUCUUAUGUAACUAUAUCAGAGAGUAUUAAGUCAAUCAGCAUUCCAGUCGAUAAAAAUUCUCAAAACGAUAUCAAGCAACUGGCUCCAAGCAUUAAUACAUUUCCCGAAAUAAUCCAUGAUCACCCUUAUGACAACUCCACUGUGGCCGAUCAGCUCAAGAAAGAAGUGCGUCUCCUCUGCUGGGUUAUGACAAACCCCACUAACCAUAAAGAAAAGGCCCGCCACGUCAAACGCACUUGGGGAAAACGCUGCAACAUUCUUUUAUUCAUGAGCUCAGCUCAAGACGAUGAACUGCCCACAGUUAAGUUGGAUGUGGGAGAAGGUCGCGAAAAUCUAUGGCGUAAAGUGAAGGAGGCAUUCAAGUACGUCUAUAAACACCACUACAACGAUGCGGAUUGGUUCUACAAGGCAGACGAUGACACAUAUGCCAUAAUCGAGAAUCUUCGCCUAAUGUUAUACCCCUACAAUCCAAUGACGCCGGUUCACUUCGGGUAUAAGUUCAAGCCUUUUGUAAAGCAAGGCUAUAUGUCGGGUGGCUCAGGAUAUGUACUAAGUAAAGAGGCACUUCGUCGAUUUGUGGUUGAAGGUAUUCCUAAUCCCAAAAAAUGUCUACCUGGCACCGUUGUCAAUGAGGACAUCGAAAUUGGCAGAUGUAUGGAGAAUCUUAAUGUAACUGCAGGGGACUCAAGAGACUGGAAUGGACGUGGACGCAUGUUUCCCUUUAUUCCGGAGCACCAUUUAAUAACUAAAGUAGAUAUGAGUUGGUGGUAUUGGCAAUACCAAUUCUACAAAACCGAUGAAGGACUUGACUGCUGCUCGGACAAUGCAAUAGCAUUUCACUAUGUCAGCCCAAAGAUGAUGUAUGUCAUGGAUUAUCUUAUUUAUCAUCUAAAGCCGUAUGGCAUAGUCAGAGAACCUCAUCGUUUGCCGGCAAAGCUCAAAGUGGGAGAAUUCCUUCCACCGCCAAUACAAGAAAUCGUUAACAGUAAUGAGGAUUCUAUGGAUGACGAUGACAAAUUAAUAAAGACUACUACGAUUAAAUCUACUCCAACUGAGCCGGAUUCAAGGGAAGUUGAUUCCAAAGAAGUCGAUUCACUGACGGCCAAGUUACAUAAACCGGUGAAUAAAAAAAAAGAAUCGAAAUCCGCAAAAGCUAUUAAAGCUAAAACAAAAAAAAAUUAAUAAAUACUAAAUAAACAAAUAUUAACUUUAAUAAGUUAAAGACCU